CUCACUCACUCACACUCUCACACAGUCGUGCUCUUGUGACUCGGGUGAGUGUGCAUGAAAUUACAGUCGCGCGCUCUGAGGUAACAGCUUUAGUCUGGGAGAAUCUGACUUGAGUCUGACUGUGUCUAGCAGACACAUCCACUGGAAAGAGCAGCAGUCACGGGCUUUACGCGGAGAGACAACACUUCAGAAGGCUACAGGUUUAAGUGUGUCACCGGGCAGCAUGACGGAGGUGCUGAACAGCUGUGACUCUGCGGUGGGAGACUACAGUGUGAGCGGUGCGUCUGAGGAGCAAAGCAUCUCUUUUCAGAUCUUCCCAGACUCCCAUGAACGGUUCCCAAAGCUUUCCAAACGCUUGCCAUCCAUCGUGGUUGAACCCACUGAGAGCGGGGAGGUGGAGAGCGGGGAACUCCGCUGGCCUCCUGAUGAUCUGAGCCCUACAGACGAGCCCAGAGACAAACAGGCCCAGGCUGCAAGUGACAAGGCCACAGAAGACAGCCAAGAGGUCGCGACAGAAAACUAAUGGGCGAAGGUUGGCACCAAUCCAGCCAGUCACUGUGAAUGUCUUCAGUAUGGACAGGAGUGAAUUGGAGACUCCACCAGUUAGGUCUGCUUAUCAUCCACACUAGAGCUGAAAAGAGGCCUGAGAGACUGCCUUAACUGAGCUAACUCACGUGCCAAACUCUAGUGGUAGUCAGCUUGAGUUGUAAAAGAUCUCCAUUAACACCAUGAUACCCAUUAGAAUUAUAAAUUAUAGAUUGGCAUUCAUUUAUGUAUUUAUUUGCUUUGGACCAAAGUCUUUCAUUCCUUCCUAUCAAAAGGACAUAGCUUCAGGAUGUUAAUUCAAUGUAUUAUAUCAGCGUAAAUUAAGUGAAAAUGGAUUUCAGAUAACAUGUAAAUGAACUACAGUGCACAAUGGCCAGCGUAGAUUUCAAACUCUACGCCAUGUACAGUAGAUCUCAGUUCGUUUUCACGUUCACCUAGGGUUUUCUUCUUAACAUGCUUUCCAGAUUUGUACUUAUUCUUUGGCACUUGCAUUAAUCCUCUGUUCUUCACAUCGCUGCUGCUUAUUUACUAGUGUCUGUCCGAGCUGCUGUAAAUGUAGCUUUCAUUGCCUUAGACAUUUAUUUGUAGUUACACUGUAUGUACAUCAUCAUUUAAAUGAAAUUACUGUUCGCAUAAAUGUUCAGACGGUCAUUAUUUUCCCAUUAUAUGUAUCUGUCACCUUCCAAAGGCGAAACUCUUUGGUGCUUCAGAGUCUGUUGAAUAUCACUGUAUUCUGUAAGUAUUACAGUAUUUGAGUAUUAGUCUUAAUAUAUUAAUUAUCUGUCUGGGAAUGGGAAUGAAUGCACCAAAGUAUCACUUAGCAUUAAAGGCAGUUAUUUCUACAUCCGAGCUCUGUUGAUUCAUCAAAUGAAUGUAUGUAGGAUCCAGCCUUGACACAUCACUGAUUUCUUGUGGGUAGAUGUCAAGUACUAGCCAAAGGCGCUUCUAGUUGAAUACUGUGUUGACACGAGCAAUAGUUAUUCUAGCCCAGCAGCAUCAGCAGCUCUAAGCAGUUGAUGUUUUCCAGCCAGAGGCAUUGCUAGAGCAGUUUUAGGGGCUUCAGUUCCCCUUGUCUUUCAUCUCAACCCUCCUGAAACUUUUCUCUUUAACUGUCGAAUCUCUUUAAAAUCUGUUAUAAUCUUCAGCAUGUUUGCUCUAGUGAGUGCAGUAUCUGAGGUUAAGUAAGGCCUUUGAAAACUUUUUUUAAACUUCCAAACAAGGUUGUCAAGUUCAUAUUAGGUGUUUGUCUAUAUAAACUUUCUUUGUUAUAAAUUACAUUUAUCGG